UUGAUAUGGUUUUCCUGAUUUUGGCUGUAGUCCGAACGUGUGCAGUUCAAAGUGGUUUCAUACCUGAUAACAUAAAUCAGUCACUGAGAGCAUCAUUACCUUGUAGCUAAUAUGAACCAGGAGGACUGUGGUUGGCUCGGAUAUUUCUUCCUAUUUGACGGUGCGGACAUGUGGUACCUCAAGCUCUGUCUUUGCUUUCGUUUCCGGGAUCGUGGUCGCUUCAAAGAAAUGCUUCCGGGGCUUGUUCAGGUUGAUCGUUAGGCAGAAGGCGGUCUCGUGCUGUGACUGUUAACGGCGCGAGCUUUCGCGGGGAUGGAGGAGGAGCAGCCCGACCCUGGCCCUGGACAUGACCCCCGUCCCACAACCCCACACCGGCUCGGCUCAAUUCAGGGGCAAUUGGAUACUUCGUACAUCCCUACAGAAGAAGAAAGAAGGGUCUUCAGGGAAUGCAAUCAGGAAAGCUUCUAUUAUAGAUCAUUGCCUUUUUCUGGGAUGAGUAUGCUAGGAACUCAACUCCUAAUCUCCAGAGGAGUCCUUUCGACUUCAACUCGAUUUGGAUCCAUACCUAAGGUUGCAUUUGCUGGUAUUUGUGGUUACCUGAUCGGAAAGAUUUCCUACAUGAAGACAUGCCAGGAAAAGUUCAUGAGACUGGAGAAUUCGCCACUUGGAGAUGCUCUACGGCAAGGACGUAGAAGAUUCCCACAUCCACAUUCAUAUCAGAAGUCUGAAUUUUCUGACAGUACUGUAGAACAUCUACAACCUGAAGUGAACAGCCCUAUCACCUACUCUGAUGAUUAUAACCAUAGUAUCUCUGAUUUAAAACAUGAGUCUGUUCCAUUCAGUUCUACGCUCAGCGAGUCAGCUCCUACAGGGAUUGUUGACACUACAGGAGCAACGAGCCCAGAGAUAGAAGAAUCAAAGCCUCAAAGGAAAUCAAUGACAUAUGAUGAACUAAGAAACAAAAAUAGGGAACUAUACGAAGUGACAGUGGCACAAAAGGCAGAUUCACUUCACAAACCAACUCCACAGCGAUUACCUGACAACAAAGGAGUUGCAAAAACAAACAAGUAUGGAGAUACCUGGGAAGAAUAAGCAUACUGAUGGACAAGUAGAUGAACCCAGAAAUGUUGGAGCUAUUCAUAUAUAAUGCAUUCUACAAAAAUAUUUAAUCUGAAAGCCUGAAGAGUCUUUUUAAAAAAUUGAUGCCAAUCUAAUUAUACCAUAACGAUCUUAUGAUGAUCUACUUUUUAAUGGAAUCCAUUUGACUUGUUUAUAUUAUUAUCCAUCAAAGACUUGUUUGUUCCAUUUCUUAGCAUAAAAAUUAUGAUUAAUUCAAAAAUACUGCAGAAGUUUUCUUGCUGAUACUUGUGUUCAUUUCGAUAUAUAACCAUUUAUGACAGGGAAGGUACGCAAAGUAAAAUAUUACUUUAGUUCAAGGGUGUAUUAGACAAUCUCACUAUGGAUGAUUGUGUAUUCUUAAUUUUGAGCUGUGUUGUUGCUGUAAAUCAAAUUAAACCAAAGUGGUGAACUGUAUUUAAGUAAUACCAUGUAUAUUCAAUUUUCAACCAUGAAGCUAUUGAUGCAAGUAUAAAUUAGAAAAUGAACAUCA